AUGGCGUCUGAUGUGGCAUUUCUCCUAACCUUAUGGUGUCCAUUGUGUAGAAACCGCCAUUGCUUUUUCACUCUGGCUCGGCACUACCGGACCCUCCUUAGGUCAUGCGCUCGAUACUUAGCUUUAGAUGUAGGCCAGAGAGUUCACGCUGCAGCCAUCACCUCAGGACUGUUGAAUACUCCCAACGCAUUCCUUCGGAAUGCUGUACUCCACAUGUAUGCCGCGUGUGGGCGUGCACUUUCCGCGCGCAAGUUGUUCGACGAAAUUCCCCUGUCCCAGAAGGACACCGUAGAUUGGACUGUCUUGAUGGGCAGUUAUAUUCGGGCAGGGUUGCCACUAAGCGCGCUCAAGCUAUUUAUAGAUAUGCGCAGGGAAAUUGUUCCUGUUGAUGAACUUACUAUGGUUUCAGUGUUCAAUGGGUGCGCAAAAUUAGGUCACGAUGGGGUUGGGGUUCAAGGACAUGCUUUUUUAAUUAAAAUAGGGUUGGACUUCUGUGUUAAAGCGUGCAAUGCAAUUAUGGAUAUGUAUGUGAAAUGUGGAUUAAUUAAUGAAACGAGAAAGGUUUUUGACGAGUUGAGAGAAAGGAGUGUUGUUUCUUGGACUAUAUUGUUGGAAGGCGUGGUAAGGAUGGAAGGCUUGGAAAUUGCUAGGUUAGUUUUUGAUAAGAUGCCGGAGAGAAAUAUUGUUGCUUGGACAAUUAUGAUUGCAGGGUAUGUUGAAAAUGGGUUUACCAUGGAGGCUUUUAGACUUUUAAGCAUAAUGCUUUUUGAUUUAAGAUUUGAGUUAAAUUUUGUGUCACUUUGUUCGUGGUUAUCAGCUUCUGCACAAUCAGGGAAUGUCAUGAUGGGUAAAUGGGUGCAUGUGUAUUAUCUGAAAAAGAUAAACAGUGAAUUGGAUGCUAUGAUCUCAACGUCUUUGAUUGAUAUGUAUGCUAAAUGUGGUAGGAUUGAUGAUGCUUUUCGAGUUUUUGCAAUGACACCUCAAAGGAAUGUGAUUACAUGGAAUGUUAUGCUAAGUGGGCUGGCAAUGCAAGGGAAGGGAAACACUUUGUUGGAUAUGUUUGGGGAAAUGGUUAAAGAUGUCAAACCAGAUGAUGUUACCUUCACAGCUGUGUUAAGUGCUUGUAGUCACUCGGGUUUAGUUGAUCAAGGUAGGCACUUUUUCUAUAAUCUCGAACCUAUGUAUGGGAUAAAACCCUCUAUGGAACACUUCUCUUGCUUUGUAGAUCUUUUGGGCCGGGCAGGAUAUCUUGAAGAAGCAAAAUCUGUAAUACAAAAGAUGCCUAUGCCCCCAAACGAGGUUGUGUUGGGAUCACUUUUAGGGGCCUGCAGUGUACAUAAAAACAUUGACAUGGGGGAAUGCCUGAUGAAGGAGCUGGUUCAAAUGUAUCCACACAAUUCAGAGUAUCACAUUUUGCUUUCCAAUAUGUAUGUCUUUGCUGGCAAGAGAGACAAGGCCAAUUCACUUCGUGGAAUUCUUAAGCAUAGGGGUAUUAGAAAAGUACCUGGUAUUAGUUCUAUAUAUGUAGGUGGUCAUGGUCAAAUUCAUCAGUUUAGUGCUGGUGACAAAUCACACUAUGAGGCUCAUGAGAUAUACUUGAUGCUGGAUGAGAUGAUUCAAUGGUUAAAGUUGGCGAGUUAUGUACCCAAUGUUGCCUGCCAAACAUUUUCCAGUUGUAAUGGUGGAGAGGAGUAUGCAAAUGUGGAGGAGAAGGAGCAAGCAUUGUUCUUCCACAGUGAAAAACUUGUUUUUUUUGGUCUCAUGAGCACAAGGGCUAGAACACCUCUUUACAUUUUCAAAAAUCUAAGAAUAUGCCAAGAUUGCCAUUCGGCUAUGAAGAUUGCUUCAAAAGUUUAUGAUCGUAAAAUUGUUAUUAGAGACCGUAAUCACUUCCACUGUUUUGAGUUAGGCUCAUGUUCUUGUUUAGAUUACUGGUAGCUGAACCUCUUGACAGUAUUAGCUCUAGUUAUUCCUUUUUUUUUUUUUCCUUAUAUAUAUAAUUACUGAGAGUGAUAACUCUUGCUUUAGAUAAGCUUUCUGUAAAACUAGUCUGUUGUAUGAUUGUGCUGAAGUUUUUAUAGAAUGACAAUGCAAUGACAAGACUUUUAAUUUCAAUGGCAAUGCAAUGAGAAUUGAAA